UUUUGUUUCCAAUCAAAUAUCGAGAAAAUCCAUUGGUAAAGAAACUCACAACCAAUAACCAAUAACCAUUCAACACGGAUUAGGGGCGGCCAUGGGUGAAUCGUCGGAAGAUUUCUCGGUGGUGGUUUUGGCGUCGGACCUCGGCGUCGAUGCGCGACCCUUCCUUGAACAUCAACAGCAACAAGAAGAAGAGAAUUGGCAUGACUGUUCUCAAUAUCUCUUCCCCGAUGAAGAUUUCUCCGAUCUCGAUCAGUUGCAAUUCCUCCUCCUCCAAGGCACCGACAAAAAUUCCAACCGCAUUCUCCGCAUCGUCGGCAAGUACUUCCCAGCAACUGUUGUAAGUGCAGAACGACUGAAGAGAUAUGUGUUUCACAAGAUCUGCAGCGAAUUGCCGGAUGAGCCAUUCUGUAUUGUUUACAUGCACACAACCGUUCAGAAAGAGGAUAAUUCCCCUGGUAUAACGAUCUUAAGGUGGAUUUAUGAAGAACUUCCUGCUGAUUUCAAGGACAGGCUUCAAACUGUGUAUUUCAUCCACCCUGGCCUUCGGUCCAGGCUAGUCAUCGCUACUGUUGGCCGCCUCUUCUUGAGUGGAGGAUUAUAUUGGAAGAUCAAGUAUGUAAGCCGGCUUCAGUAUCUCUGGGAUGAUAUAAAGAAAGGAGAGAUAGAAAUACCGGAUUUUGUGAAAAAUCAUGAUGAUAUUCUUGAGAAUAGACCACUCACAGAUUAUGGUAUUGAACCUGAUCCCUUUCACUUGACUGGGAUGCCUUCAUCUACCUACUCAUUUGGAAAGUACGAGGAGAGAUGGGCGGGAAGGGAUUAUGUGUCGUAGUAUGUGUAUUGCCUCGUUUCAUGAGAUGAACCUGAACCUUUGUACAGAAUGAAUGUGGUAUUUGUAUUUCUGAAACUCAUCUUUGAGUUUCUUUGUUUUCGGUCGUGGAGCUAAACCUGACUGUGUACGAAUAGAACUACAUGUUUUCUAUGCCACAGGAAAUGUAUUUCUGUAGAUUAAUCUACAGCAUAAUUCCUUGUUCAUAUGUUGAGAUACUUUUGAA